GCUAGGUUUAACAGGCUAGGUUAAUAACAUAAUAAUUAGCUAACCGUAAUAACUAAUCUAGAUAGUAGUUCUACUUUGCCGCCAAGUGAUAACUUACAAGACGGCCGUCUAUGGAGGCGAUGUACCUCUUGUGUCGUGUGAUUGAGGUGACACCAUCUUGUUUCCAAAGCGCACAAGAGAUGAUGAAGCAGAUCAAUUGCACGAUGAGGUGGAUUCACUCACCCUGCCCCAGUGCCGGUCUACCAGGGAGAACUUCUCAACAAUGCUUCCCAAGCUUCUUGGUUUAGUGAAGCAGCCUUCACCUCUACACAGAACCUAUUUUAACGCAAGGAGUGAUGCCCUGCCAGAAGAGCAUGCAGCGUGCGAGCUGAUGAAUCAGGGCAUCCUGGCGCUGGUCUCCUCCACGGGUUGUGCGUCGGCCAACGCUCUGCAGUCGCUGACGGACGCCAUGCACAUCCCGCACCUCUUCGUGCAGCGUAACGGCGACGGGACCCCGCGCACGGCCUGCCAGCUGAACCCCAGCCCCGACGGGGAGCGCUACACGCUAGCCGCGCGGCCGCCCGUACGCCUUAACGACGUCAUGCUAGCGCUGGUCGGAGAGCUGCACUGGCACAAGUUCAUCGUCUUCUACGACAGCGAGUACGAGACUUCUUCAGUGCUAAUUCUGAUAGUUCUGAUGGAUGGGAAUCAGAUGAUAGAGUUGACGUGUGGGCCGACUAUCCACUAUUCACAUGGCAAAGCAGUGAUUCACACACUGUGGGAUGGGGCCCACUGGUGAGACCUUGAAAGUAUUCCAAGCGGGACUUGAAAUUAUUUUCUAAAAA